AUGAAGCCAUGGCUGAUUGCGGGGAUGCUGGUGGUAGCGGCUGCCAUGUUGGGGACGAUGUGGAGCUUGAGAGAGUCAGGGGUGAAGUUCGAGCAUGCCAUGAGUGAACUUCUCGCGGUGAGGAGAGCACUGCAGACGGAGAAGAUAAGAAAGUGGGCCGACAUGAGGGGAAUGCGAUGGGUGGAGGAUGCUUCCAAGUUCGUGGAGAACAUAGGAGAGCCAGAGUAUGGCAGCGGAUCGAGCGAGGAUGUUUGUGAUCUGAACAAAGACAUUUCGUCUCCCGAACGAGCAAGAAAAUGGAGAAACUUUUGGUCUGCAAAGUAUGGCACAGCACACAACACGUUCAUAGAUUGGUCUGGCACCUUGAAGACAAAAGUUCCGGAACCCAAGUGGGUAACGACGCUUCGAAGAACACAGGAUAAGAUAUGCAGGUGGAGAAAGCUGUAG